AAUCAGGUUAAAAAUGUUUUAUGCACCUUUAUAUAUGUCAAACUUUUUAUUACAUUGGUUUAUCAAAUAUUGGGGCCAAUUUUGCUUUAACCAGGGUGGACAACUCUCUGACCCCAUCCCAUUCACUAAACUGACAGUCCAAUGAGAGGCUGUCAAAGUCAGUGUGAGAAGGUGGAGCCUGGCUUGAAGCAGGGUGUGGUUCUGAAACCAGCAAGAUUUCUAGUAAUUCUCAGGGUUUUAAAAUGAGCACAAUCUGUUUAGUCAGUCAGUAGAGACAUCGCUAAGACCUUUACUCAUCCAUUUCCUAACCUUCCCUCUCUCCACCCCUUUGUUCAUUCCAUACAAGAAUCUAAUCAUAUCUUUGUCAUUGCAUUCUGAACUCUGCUGGAGCAUUGAUUUGAAGGGGUGGACUCCAGGCCUGGUUUAACUGGUACUUGGAUACAGACUGUGUGCUCCCUGCUCUGGCUGUGCAGCUGCUCUCUGAUAGCGCCAGAGACCAGGGCUCAGGAGGGUGAUUUAGGGUGAUACAGGGACAGAACAAGGCUGUCAACAUGUCGCGACAAAUUGCAUCAGGGAUUGUACAACUCAACGAUUACUUUUUUGAAAAAAUAGAUGUCAGAGUUCGGGACUACCCACUAAUGCAGAGUCCUAUAGAUAUGACUGUUAUACUGCUGACCUAUGUCUUCUUCUCUGUGUAUGCUGGGCCACAAAUCAUGGCCAACCGCAAACCUCUACGAUUAAAUACAGCUAUGAUAUGCUACAAUCUAUCCAUGGUUUUAUUUAAUGCUUACAUUGUCUAUGAGUUCUUGAUGUCAGGAUGGGCUACAACAUUUACAUGGAGAUGUGACCUAAUCGACACCUCCAACAGUCCACAAAGCCUCAGGAUGGUUCGAGUAGCAUGGAUGUUUUAUAUUUCAAAAUACAUUGAACUUCUGGACACAGUGUUCUUUGUACUAAGGAAGAAACAAAACCAGAUUACAUUUCUUCAUGUUUUUCACCACUCUGUUAUGCCCUGGAGUUGGUGGUGGGGUGUCACUCUUACCCCUGCUGGAGGAAUGGGGUCUUUUCAUGCCAUGGUGAACUCUGCUGUCCAUGUCAUCAUGUACUUUUACUAUGGACUAUCUGCUGCUGGCCCACGCUUUCAGAAAUACCUGUGGUGGAAGAAGUAUAUGACUGCCAUCCAGCUAACUCAAUUUAUUCUGGUGUCCAUUCAUAUCAGCCAGUACUAUUUUAUGGAAAAAUGUGAUUAUCAGUUUCCAUUGUGGAUUCACCUCAUCUGGAUGUAUGGUGUCUUCUUCUUUGUCCUCUUCUCUCGUUUUUGGGUGCAAGCUUACAUAAGGGGCAAGCGACUUCCUGCCUCAGAGAGCACCAAAGAGACGAAUGGAUCAACACAAGACAAUGUUAAAAUUUUGGCCAAUGGCAACCACGUGGGUAAUGGACAUGUUCAUCACCAUACCAAUGGAAAUAUAUUCAUGGGAAAAGUAAAGGAAAUUUGACCAGAAGUAUGAAGAAUCUGCAUUUUGAACUGGUUAUUUUAGGACAGUCUUGAUUAACACUGCCUAAGAUUUUGUUGCUACCCCAAGCACGACAACACUGUGUCCAUGCAAGAGUGGAAUGCCUUUGAGAGUGUGCACAUCAGGAGUAUGUAGCUGGCUUUGUGUGAUGCCAGUUGUCCUCUGUUGUAUGUAACUAAUUUUUGUAUUAGUCACUCAAGACUGUUGCUUCUCUCCAAUUUAAACUCAGGCUUGAAUCUGACUCUGACUGGAAGACUGUAUGACAGCUGAUGUUUCGGAGUAUUGCACAAUUUCCACAGAAGAACAGCACAUGUAAAUACUAAAUGAAAGUCAGAACAUGUUUAAUAAUGAAUGUUUGUUUAUUUAACUCUUGAAAUAAAACUAUGUUUUCAGUUUGAUUUGUAACAUGGGUAAACCUAAAUGUUGUUAAGAAAAUGUUUAACCACAGUCACAAAUUAUGGACUUUUUAUUUAGACUGAACUGUGAAAUAACAUACUUGCCCUGAGCAAGUAGGGCUUUGUAGUUUAUUUUACAUAAACUUUUUACACCCAAUGGGUAUGUGAAAGCAUAUUUUCUCAUUAUUGUUAGAUGGCUAUAUCUAAUGAAUCAGUCAGUGCUUUAAUUUAAAGCCGUAGUAUGUAACAUUUUAGCCAAAAAAUAUACUUAAAUAAAAGCAAGUUAUAUAUA